AUGGACUAUCACUUUGACCUAAUGAAAAAAAUACAAAUAGAACGCCACCCACCAUCACGAACUGACGCCAGAAAAUAUAACACAACAACAUUUUGGUGCACAACACUAACUCAAAUAUCAACUUGCUACAACACAAGAAACAAUACACCAACAACUAAUACAUCACUAAGAAUGAAUCGAGCAGAAGUACUAGCAAGCUGCUCCAGCCAUAUAAAUUACAUGACAAGACAAAACAAUAAAUACUUAUUAACAGUUCACCUCUACAAAGAAAAACUAGCUAUAACCCAUGGAAAAAUAUACAGUAACAUCAAACAUGCAAUCUACACGGACAACCUAAAUAACACAUACAUCAUAUGCCUCAACGAAAAUACUACAAACAUCAGUAAUGCUCUAAAAAUAAUAAAGCAAUUAGAACAAACAGCUACAUCACUAAAUCUAAGAAAAAAAACUUACCUACGAGCAUUAUUUUUAUCUGAAAUAUUUAUUUGCCUUUCAUCACAGCUCUGGCAUUUACCAAAUUUAAAACCCUCACAUCUACUAGAAAAAAUCAUUGACAUAACAGCAGUAUCAGCUCAUUUCAUCAUGACAGCCGGACUUUUACAUGACCCAAUAUUCAUGAUCAUGACAGGACAUUUAGGAAAAAAUCGUAAUAAACUAAAGAAAAUACCUAAACCUUCACAAACUUUCAAUUUACAAAAUCAAAAUCUAUACUAUGAUUUAUACUUUAACGCAAACAACUCCAAACAAAACUUUGUAUCAAAAAAUUAUUCUGACAAAUUUCUCAAAACAUUAACUCUAUACUUUAACGAUUCUUGCAUAUUAGACCCACUAACCCCUAAAAAAGACUGGAUAAGAAAUCUAUCACGAGAUUUCUACUCACUCAACAAUGAACAUAUUGGCCGCAUAAUGUCAGCCUACACAUUCUAUAACUAUGGAUUUUUCAUAAUAAGAGCACCAGAAAUUACACAAUUUCAAAACGCAGCUAUACCCAAUGAAAUGGGCAGAUUAUAUGUAACACAUUACAACAUCACACCACAAACUUUAACAACAGACAUACUACUAAAUAUGAUUAACAUAACCAAGGACACCAUUCGCAAAACAAAAAACAAAGAAUUAAAACUAAUAUGCAAAAAAACUUUUAAAUUUUGA